AUAGUCUCUAUCCGAAUCAGUUCUGAUUCUUAUUCUGUUACUUCCUCGAAAAGAGGAAACCUCUGACUUCGUAAAGUAACCAAAAUAUAAAAUCUCACAGAAAACGUACAAUUCUUACAGAGAAAUUAUAGAAAUAGUUUAUUGGAAAGAGAAGAAGAAGAAAAAAUGGAUCAUGCUGCUGAGGCUCAUAUGACUGAUUUGAUGACCAUUACUCGGUUUGUUCUUAAUGAACAAUCGAAGCAUCCUGAAUCACGUGGAGAUUUUUCUAUCUUGCUUAGUCAUAUUGUUCUGGGUUGCAAAUUCGUUUGUGCUGCUGUUAACAAAGCUGGGCUUGCAAAACUCAUCGGACUUGCUGGGGAGACCAAUGUUCAGGGCGAAGAGCAAAAGAAACUGGAUGUUCUUUCAAAUGAUGUGUUUGUUAAGGCUCUCGUAAGCAGUGGAAGAACGUCUAUUUUAGUAUCGGAAGAGGACGAAGAAGCAACUUUUGUGGAUCCAGCGUUGCGUGGAAGAUACUGUGUGGUUUUUGAUCCUUUGGAUGGUUCUUCUAACAUUGACUGUGGUGUUUCCAUUGGAACUAUAUUUGGUAUUUAUAUGAUGAAAGCAAAUGAGGAACCACAUCUAGAAGAUGUCUUGCAACCAGGGAAAAAUAUGUUAGCAGCUGGGUAUUGCAUGUACGGGAGUUCCUGCACGUUUGUGUUGAGCACUGGAAGUGGUGUCAACGGUUUCACUCUUGAUCCAUCCCUUGGGGAGUUCAUUAUGACUCAUCCAGACAUUAAGAUUCCAAAGAAGGGAAAAAUCUACUCGGUAAACGAAGGAAAUGCGAAAAACUGGGAUACACCAACAGCGAAGUACGUUGAGAGAUGCAAAUACCCUCAGGAUGGUUCAUCUCCAAAGUCUCUCAGAUACAUUGGAAGUAUGGUUGCUGACGUGCACCGCACAUUACUUUAUGGAGGCAUAUUUAUGUAUCCUGCAGAUAAGAAGAGCCCAAGCGGAAAACUACGUGUUCUCUAUGAAGUUUUCCCAAUGUCCUUUUUGAUGGAACAAGCAGGAGGUCAAGCUUUUACCGGAAAAGAAAGGGCACUCGACUUGGUUCCAAAGAAAAUACAUGAACGAUCACCUAUAUUUCUUGGAAGUUAUGAUGAUGUUGAAGAAAUAAAAGUGCUUUAUGCCGCUGAAGAAAAGAAGGCGUAAAUGUGCCGGUCACUUCUAAAGACCUCAAAAACUCCUCAUGUUUCUUCUGCCGGUAGCUGAGCCAGUUUAUUCAUCUAUUCUUAAAAUGAAACUUCUCGUAAGCUUUCUGUGCAAUCACAAAAUACAUUUCAUUAAUGAGAGAUGAUGGUUUAGUUUUUAACUAUACUGA